ACGAAGGACAGUAUGAACAUGAAAGAGAUUUUCAUCCUUCUCCUUAAUCUGUAUUUGGUCUUCAGUGUCCAAGACACUCGAGAGAGCAUCCCUAUGAAGAGCUUAAGCUGCUACAAUGACUACGACUCACAGGUGACCUGCACAUGGAUGGAGCGUUCAGAGGCUCAUGCCCUUGUUGGUAUGAUUCUUUACCAAAGGGAUAAUAUUUUAAUGGAGAACAACGAGAUGUUUUGCAAACGCCAGAUAGAAAAUGACUUUCAUGAGACUCCAGAUUCCUAUGUGCACUGGGUUUGUCGCAACACUACAAACAAUUUUGGAAUAGGAGUAUAUGAUAUUUACAGCUUCAAACCGAACAAGAUCCUUCAAGCAGAAUUAAAUGUUGAUCUUUUCACGAAUGUUCAGACCCUCCCACCUCAAAACCUCUCGGUCAGCUCAAUGAUAUCAGGAGACUUCUUGCUGGCCUGGAAAGCAGCUGAUGGAAGCCAAGGGCUGGGCAAUGCACUGGAAUAUGAAGUCAAUUACAAGCGGGACUGGGAGUCCUGGGAGAAAGCUGCCUCACUCUUGCUCUCCAACACCACACGUUGCCAUCUCAGCCACAAGGACCUUGUCCCAGGGAGCAGCUAUGUUGCCCGUGUGCGAGCCAGACCAGGGCAAGACAGUGGCUUCUCUGGGCAGUACAGCGAGUGGAGCAUGGAGGUGUCAUGGGAGACCCCUGAAGGUGACCUUCAGCCCAGGAACCUUCGCUGCCUCUUCAAUGGUGCAGAUACUCUGACAUGCAGCUGGGAAGUGAAGAAAGCAAUCACCACUUCUGUCCUCUUUGGCUUGUUCUUCAGAGCUACUCCAACAUCAGUAGAGGAGGAGUGCUCUCCUGUGCAUGAGAAGGUUUUGCCUCAUGUUCCAUAUGUGGUCCAAAACUGUGAGAUCCCUGUUAGCAACGCCAGCAGUCAGAGCCAGUACCAUGUGUCUGUCCAAGUCAAGACAGAGGAGAAAGUGAUUGAAGCCUACAAGAACAUUAAGGUGCUGCCGCCCGCAAAUGUGUCAAUGACAGUGACAGAGAACAAAGAGUAUGAACUGAGGUGGAUAAAACAUACCUUGAGAUAUGACUUCAUAAAACAGAGAUACCAAGUUGAGUACUGGGAAAAUAACCAAUAUGAAAAGACUCUCCAGAAGUUAAAUAUCAACAAUGAUGAACCUCCCUUCAUCUUCACCCUGCAGAUGCUGUCAUCAUCUACAGAAUAUAGGGGGAAAAUGCGUGCAAGGGUGAAUACACCUCUGGAUUAUGAGGGACCUUGGAGUGAAUGGAGUGAGGAUUUCACCUGGAAGACUGAGAAGGUUUUGCCACCAGUGGUUCUCCCAGUGAUGCUCCCAGCUCUCAUCGUCACUUUGCUAAUAGCUGUUUAUUGCAGCUAUAAGUGUUUUCUCAGGAGGAAGAAAAUGUGGGAGGAGAAGAUUCCAAACCCCAGCAAGAGUAUCCUGAUCCAGAGCUACCUGGGGAAAGUGCAUUUUGGAGACAGACCAACAAACAGCCAGCUGGACUUCAACAAAUGCAAUCAUUCAGAGAAGAUGGAACAGGCUAGCUUCCUUCAAGUUGUGGACAGGCAGAUGAAGAUUUUGACAGAGUCCCCUGAAGAGCAGGCUAAAAAGACAGAUAUUUCCCCCAUGGUGCUGGACCUUCAGAACUCAUACCAUGCUUUAAAUGAGCCAGAGCAUGCCCCAAUUGUCUGCUCGAGUCAGGCUGUUCAUCAUUCCUUUCCUGUUUCAAGGAGAAAUAGUGCUGAUGCAGGUACUGCUUCCCAGGCAGCAAUCCGUUGCUUGGCUUUCAAUGGUCCAUACUUGUACGGCCCUGUGAUGUCCUCCCAGCCUGAUAUACAUCAGACCCUGGUAAAGGACCCAGUGGGACUCCGUGAGAAAUCAGUUUCCCUUCAGUAUAUGAUCCUACCAAAGGAAGUCUAUCCCCAGGCUCCACAGAGGCAAAACCAGCCAGGAGCAGGUCCUCCACAGCCCUUCCUGCUCCCAGAUCAGAAGGAAAUGAAGCAGCACCCUGAUGAUGUGGAAGAAGUCUCACCAGCCCCACCAGCCUGUGGGAAAGGCACAAAUAUGAGAAGAGAAGAGCAAAAAUCUCCGAAGGCUCUUGGCUGUAUCAUGUCUCCUCAGCAGUGCCCCUUGGAGUACAUCACCACAGAGAGCCUGUUACUGCCAUCAGCCAGUGGCUCCACUCAUCCACCACUUGUCACCACUGGGGUGCUACUUCGUGACUUACAGGAGCCUCAGCACCCCAGUGACUGCUCUGGCCAUGAAUCUUCUCCUGGGAAAUCUGGCAUCAUGGCCUCAGUUUCAGGUCAAGCACCAACCUCUUCUCCUGAAUUGCACCUGGAUACAUUUGGAGACUAUCUUGCUGUCCCCGUAGAUGUAAAUUUCCAUGGACAUUCAGAACCCAGAAAGAUUUGUUUGCCUGUCUUGCAGAAGGGAAAUGAUCUUCCUAGAAAGCAGCCUUUGUCAGAGAGUAACCUGGUGGUCUUAAACCCUGACAGCACUGAGCCAGUUUUCCUUUGCCAGGUUGGCGAUUAUUGCUUCCACAGCUUAAAACCCAGUGGGAAGAUGGAUGUUAAUCAGGAAGACCAUCAAGUCAAGAAACUUUCUGAAGGCAAGACAACACCUGGGAAGUCUGUAUCUGAUGAUGAAUCCAUCACUGGCAAGGAAAUGGCUUCAUCAAAAAUGCAGGCUAUUCAGCUUUUCAAAAACCUGAAAUCAGAUGAUUAUUUUUCCUGGCAGCAAUCUUUGGGGAUCACAGAAAUCCAUUAA